CUUCUCAGAAUCACUUUAUUCGCCAAGUACAUUUACACAUAUCCAGAAUUUCACUUGGUGAAUAGGUGCUGCCAGAAAUAGACAAUAUACAAACUGAAUAGACACAAAAUCAACAAAUAGAAUAUUCAAUAUAAAUACACUAAACAAACUCUGGAGUAUAAACUGAUUUACAGUGAGGAGAUACAAUUUACAGAGGGUAUAUAUCUUCAUAUGCAGAGGGAGGGAUGCCAUUGUGACGAAUACACUGUAUACAGUGCAUAUACAGUGCCCCACACACACAAACAGGCAGUCUCUGUCUCCCCGCCCCCUCCAUUCGUGUGUGUGUGCUGCAGUCAUUCGGUGGGGGAAUGUUUUUGCGCGGCGGCUCCUCUGCCUUGUCUGUCACCGUGCUGAGCUGAGAAGAGGAGGAGGAGACCGCAGCAGAGAGAGAGAGUGCGUCCGUGUGUGUGUGUGUGUGUUAUACAGGCAUUCCUCUGUCCGGCUUCAGGUGAUGCGGUAGGAGCUUUUACUGUGUGUGUGUGUGUGUGUGUGUGACAUCCACUAUUCUGAUGUUGGUCGUGUGUUUAGCUCGGUAAGCCGUCGAGGAGGAGCUGUCAUUGCGCACUGUUUGCAUUUGACUGCUGCAGUAGAUCUCCAGGAAGGGAGUGCGGGAAAGAGGGAGCGCGGGAACAAGUGAAAGAGAGACAGCUGUUACCCUCCAUGUGCAUUGGUCUGUUCAUCUUCUCUAGAGAUGAUGCUUGCUAUUGUUUAGCUGUGUGGCUGAUACAGGAUGUUUCUGAGUCAGGCUGAAGUCAUACUGUAGGUGAAGUCAUAGCGCUGUAGUGAAGGAGACGAUGCUGGUACUGAGUGUUCUCUCUGGGUAGAGGACAGACGGUGAGGUAGCUAGUCAGCUGGCCUCCAUACUGCUGUGUGCUGAGCAUCAGACUGUGUUUGUGUGAGAGAGAAGGGAAGUGGCUGAAUUCCUCCACAGCAGAGCGGUUUGGAGCUCCUCGUGGCUUUGUUUAGGCUGCCUGGCAGGAGAUAAAUAAUGGGCUGAUUCAGUGUGUUCAGUCAGAGGCACAAUACAUGUGUGAGCUGAGCUUGGCAGGUGGCAGGAUUAGUGCUAGAAGUAACUUAGUGUGACUGUGGACCGGACACACAGACCCAUUCAUUCACACUUACUCUCACAUGCAUAGAGAGACAUGCAUACCAUUGACUGUGUGAAACAGAUAUUAGGGACUUAUGACCCGUGUAUUUUCAGCCGUUAAAGGCACCAUUGGAGCAGUCAGUUAGGCAGGCAGUUCUCCUUACCCCUCAGGCUGCCAUUACAUUACAGCAGUGUGCUUUGGGGACUGAGACUCAGGUUGCUUUAUGUAGCCAGCAGGCCAGCUGUGGAGCCCCUCAUCUCUCAUACCUGGCUUAUGGUUGAGACGGAGAGGUAUUCUAUCUUUCGAGUGCAGAAGGGAUUUGGCCCCUAAACUACUUGAGACUGACAAUUCAGCAGGACUUUGGUAGACAGGCAUUGAGAUUGGGAUUGGAUCCGCUUGUAAAGCAAGAGCGCGGCCAUUGAUAGGUCUCGUGGGGGGUAUAGUAAAGACUCAGUGGUGCGUGAAAUUGGUUGAGGGAUAGAGUGUGUGUUGGACAGUGUGUGUUAGACGGUGUGUGUGCCCACUCUUACGCGCCAUGCUGUGCCCUGCGUCCUGCCUGCCUCUCCUGAGGGAGCUGGCUCAGUGGCGCUGCCUGCUGGGGUGGCACCGCCAUCACGGGGUCAGUGCGGGGGUCACGGCAGGGGCUGGGCCGGGAUCAGAGGUCAAGGUUGCGGUGGGGGGCACAACUCGACCCGUCUGCCGCACCAAACCGCAACAGGGGAGCAAGUACGCAUCAGCCGGCUGCCAGUUGUCCCUCCACCACAGUGAGAAGCCUGAACAUGAGGAGGUGUGUGAGUUCCGUCCCUACACCUGCCCGUGCCCCGGGGCCUCCUGUAAGUGGCAGGGCUCCCUGGAGGCCGUCAUGCCCCACCUGAUGCACGCCCACAAGUCCAUCACCACUCUGCAGGGAGAGGACAUCGUCUUCCUGGCCACAGACAUCAACCUGCCGGGGGCCGUGGACUGGGUCAUGAUGCAGUCCUGCUUCGGCCACCACUUCAUGCUGGUCCUGGAGAAGCAGGAGAAGUAUGAGGGCCACCAGCAGUUCUUUGCUGUAGUGCUGCUCAUCGGCACGAGGAAGCAGGCCGAGAACUUCGCCUACCGCCUGGAGCUCAACGGGAACCGGCGGCGCCUCACCUGGGAGGCCACGCCCCGCUCCAUCCACGACGGUGUGGCAGCCGCCAUCAUGAACAGCGACUGUCUGGUGUUUGACACGUCCAUCGCUCACCUGUUUGCUGACAACGGCAACCUGGGGAUCAACGUCACCAUCUCCAUGUGCUGAGCUGCUCAGAUGUGAAAACACACACACACACAAACCCAUGCAUAGAAGUUACACACCUCUCGUUCUCAGACUUACACAGAAAGAAACCAGUUACUGACUGCUGUGUGAUGCAGCAGAGUGUGUGUGUGAGAGGACAGGUAGGAGAUAGAGAGGAUAUGUGUGUGUGUUUUGCUGCUUGAGGCUUGUUGGCUCCCCAUAAUGCUUGAAUGGAGACUGGCCUGUAGCGUAGUUUCAGGGUGUGUGCCUGUCCUCUCAUUGUGUGUGCUGGAGACCAUGUACAGUAGCUUACAUGUGGUGGGCUUGUCAUGAUUGAUGCGCUACCUGUGCCCAGGUGAGUUUGCACUGCUCCCAGGACCCCACACCCUUCAACUGUUCCCACCCCGCUCACCCCCACCUCCUCUUCUGCCCAGCCAACCAGUGCCAGGCAAUGAGGGCACUGCCAGGGUAAGAAGGGGCGGUCAGUCAAUCUGCUGCCACCCGGCAGAUUCAGAGAAGCUCCACUUCAACAGUGAGUGGCCCCUGCAGAUGCAACUUUCUAAUCCUCACAGCGAAUCAAGUUUCAGUAAAUUGGACAGUGGACAAAUCUGGCUUCAGAGACGCAUGUGGGCGGAGUCGGGGCCUGAUGGUGACCAAUGCGCUGCCUCCCAGUCUGGGUUAGUGUGAGCUGAGGGGUUGCUCAUGCUCUGCUAAAGGUUUGCACUGACUACUAACAAACUCCUUACUGUUCAGAACAGUAAGCUGCAAAACGCAACCAUUUCCAUAUCCAAGUAUGUCAUGCUUAUUAAAACAAGCUUAUGUUAUGUCCAGAGUGUCUAUGAAAUGAUGAUAAAGAUGGUGACACUGUAA